AUGAACAAGAACUGGAACGAUAGAGCCGACAAAGACUUGUUCUUCACCAUCCUCUCAGUCAAGAACAUUGGCGUGAUAAGCGGUGGCGAAUGGACCACCAUAGGCAACCACAUGCGGUCGAUGGGCUACGGCUUCACGAAUGAGGGAUGUCGUCAACACUUCCAAGGCCUCCGCAGAGCUCAGCACAAGGCCGAAUCGUCGUCAUCGUCGAAUGGAUCCAUCCUGGAUAGCCAACGACAGGCUGACCCCACGGCCAAUCCCAUCACUAGACGUCCGGGCCCUGGUCGUGGGCGCCCUCGGAAGCAACCUCCUGCUCCCAUUGCCGGACCAAGCCAGAAACAAGCUGCUGAAGCGUCAGGUCAGGCGUCAGAUCAGGCAUCCGACACCCAAACGGCUGCUCCUCUCGCGGCAAUGGGCAUGCCCAUGCCCAUGCCCAUGCAGAUGCAGGCUCCGGCUGACAUGCAGGAGACAGACUCGUUGGGAGUGGUGCAUGAGGACACGGAGCUCGAUGGCCAACCUUCGAAGCGUCAGCGCAUCGAUGAGGAUGACCAGCAACCGAAUGACGACGAAGCCGUCCUUGCAUUAGCCGCCGAUGGUCUCCCGGGUCAUUAUGAACAUUCAGAAUAUUAUGAACCUGGCGAGGCGUGA